CCGCAAGUUCGAGACUGCCGAGACCCGUUACGAGAAGGUUCUUUUCGUCAAGACCCUCUCCAACGCCGCCAUCGAUGUUUCCGUUUACAACCUCAACAAGAUCAUUUCUGACAAGAAGGAAGAAAAGACCGUUCGUCUUCAAGCUGUUGAAGCUCUCCGUCGUCUUCGCACUGUCAUGCCACGCAAGAUCCAAUACGUCCUCAUGCCAGUCUACAAGAACCGCAUGGAGCUUCCAGAACUCCGUAUGUCUGCUCUCAACGUCAUCCUUAUUACCAAACCAGAAGAGUCCGUCCUCUCCCAAGUUGUUGAACAAGUUGUUGUUGAACGCAACCGUCAAGUUCGUUUCUUCACUUUCAAUGCUCUCCGCACCAUCGCUAAGUCUACCAACCCAUGUGAAAAGACUUUGGCUAUCCGUGUCUCCAAGGUUCUCCGCCUUAUCCCAACUGAACUCGAACAAACCAUCAUGGACAGCCGUCUCAACAAGUGGACUCUUUUCAACAACGAGUAUAUGACCGGAGCUAGCUUCAACUGGGCUUCCCUCUUCACCUCUGACUCCAUCCUCCCCAAGGAAAUUAUGGCUUCCCUCGACUCCGUCUUCGGAGGAGAAUGGAACAAGUACUUGGCCCAAGUUGGACUUUACCAAAACAACAUGGAUAUCAUCCUCAACAAGAUGAUCCGCAAAAUCGAAGAAACUGGACUCGAAACUCUCGUUGUCCGUGGAAAGAGAUCUGCCACUUUCCGCCCAGCUGAACUUCUCCGCACCAUCGCUCAAAAGCUCCGCAUCAACCGUCGUGAGAUGAUCAAUGACGAGCCAGAAGCCCUCCUCUAUUUCCGUUACAAGGAUAUGGACUACGCUUUCCUCCCAAUCGACAUUGACACCCUUCCAAAGCUUCUUAAGAAGAUCGCUCAUGAAGGAAGAAUCGAGCUCGGAGAUAUCGAGCGCGUUCUCGCCCAAGGAACCCACUUCACCCUUUCCGGAGCUGUCUUCGUUCACGAGACCAUCCGCAAGAUUCCAACUGCCCUCGGUAUGCCAGUCGUCCUCGAGUCCAAGAUGCCAACUCUUGCUACCGUCCAAGGACACAUCAAGAUCGAUUUCGAGCCAAAGAGCGCUGACCGUUUCAACGGACUUCGUCUCCGCCUCGUUGCCCAACCCCAAAUCGCUUCUACCCACGUCAUCAAGCUUGAAGCCCGCAACCCAGUUGUUCACUCCGGAGUCAAGCUUCUCCAUGGAGCCAGAGUUAACACCCCCGUCGACCUCGAAAUGAUCGUCAACUGGGAAAACAGACUUACCAUCAAGACUGUUGUUAAGACACCAGAAACCAAGAGACACCUCGUCACCCUCAUGAGCCGUCCAGUUACCUACGUCUCUGUCUGGGACAAGGAAACCCGCCAAUACCCAGAAACCACCGAACAAACUGUUUUCCUUAAGGACUCUCGCUUCCCAAUGGAAACCGUCGAACGUGUUUACUUCGAGGAAACCGGAAUGAAGCUCGCCGUCACCGGAAGCAUCCGU